AGGUCUGAACAUCUUAAUGUAUCCCUCCGCCUGCGGUAGAAGUGCUGAGGCUGGGACCGCCGCCAUUUUGGAUGUCUGGUCUGUUCCUCCUUCCGUCGAUUGAGAAGAUUGCACCUGUUUUCUGGUAUCGUAACGGCUGAGGAUGCCAGCUCCGAUCAGACUGCGGGAGCUGAUCCGGACAAUCCGGACGGCUCGGACCCAGGCCGAGGAGCGAGAGAUGAUCCAGAAAGAGUGUGCUGCCAUUAGGUCAUCCUUUAGAGAAGAGGACAACACAUACCGCUGUAGAAAUGUGGCUAAACUGCUUUAUAUGCACAUGUUGGGCUACCCGGCACACUUUGGCCAGCUGGAGUGCCUGAAGCUGAUUGCAUCACAGAAAUUCACGGACAAACGGAUAGGAUACCUGGGAGCCAUGCUGCUCCUGGACGAGAGGCAGGACGUCCAUCUAUUAAUGACGAACUGCAUCAAGAAUGACUUGAACCACAGUACACAGUAUGUGCAGGGACUGUCCUUGUGCACCCUGGGCUGCAUGGGCUCAUCCGAAAUGUGCCGUGACUUAGCUGGAGAAGUGGAGAAACUCCUCAAAACAUCAAACUCCUAUCUGAGGAAAAAGGCAGCUCUGUGUGCGGUUCACGUCAUCCGCAAAGUCCCGGAGCUGAUGGAGAUGUUCCUGCCAGCAACAAAAAACCUGCUCAGCGAGAAAAAUCAUGGAGUUCUCCACACGUCUGUUGUUCUGCUCACUGAAAUGUGUGAGCGAAGUCCUGACAUGCUCUCUCACUUCAGGAAGAAUGAGAAGCUGGUUCCACAACUUGUACGAAUCCUGAAGAACCUGAUCAUGUCAGGCUACUCCCCUGAGCACGAUGUGUCUGGCAUCAGUGACCCUUUCCUGCAGGUGCGGAUAUUGAGGCUACUGAGAAUUCUGGGAAAGGGUGAUGAUGAUUCUAGUGAAGCUAUGAAUGACAUUCUCGCACAGGUUGCAACAAAUACAGAGACAAGUAAAAAUGUAGGCAAUGCUAUCCUCUACGAAACGGUUCUUACGAUUAUGGACAUCAAAUCAGAGAGUGGACUUCGGGUUUUAGCGAUUAACAUUUUGGGACGUUUUCUUCUCAACAAUGACAAAAACAUCAGAUAUGUGGCAUUGACCUCUCUACUGAAGACUGUGCAGACAGACCACAAUGCUGUGCAGAGACAUCGAAGCACUAUCGUGGACUGCUUGAAAGACCUUGAUGUGUCCAUUAAAAGGCGUGCGAUGGAGCUGAGCUUUGCCCUGGUUAACGGCAACAACAUCCGGGGCAUGAUGAAAGAGCUUCUGUAUUUCCUGGACUCCUGUGACCCUGACUUCAAAGCGGACUGCGCAUCAGGGAUCUUCCUGGCUGCUGAGAAGUAUGCACCCUCCAAAAGAUGGCACAUAGACACCGUUAUGAGGGUUUUGACAACGGCAGGGAGUUAUGUCCGGGAUGACUCUGUGCCCAACCUCAUCCAGCUCAUUACAAAUAGUGUAGAGAUGCAUGCCUACACUGUACAGAGACUCUACAAAGCCCUCCUGGAUGACAUCUCUCAGCAACCUCUAGUACAGGUGGCAUCCUGGUGCAUAGGAGAGUAUGGAGACCUGUUGGUCUCAGGCCAGUGUGAGGAGGAGGAACCCAUUCAGGUUAGUGAAGAUGAGGUCCUGGAUGUUUUAGAAGGUCUUCUCGUUUCUAACUUGUCCACCCCUGUAACGAGAGCUUAUUCCCUGACUGCUAUCAUGAAGCUGUCCACCCGCUUCAGCAGCGUGAAUCGAAUCAAAAAAGUGGUGUCUAUAUACGGCAGCAGCAUAGAUGUGGAGCUGCAGCAGAGAGCUGUGGAAUAUAACGCACUUUUCAAAAAAUAUGAUCACAUGAGACCUGCAUUACUAGAGCGAAUGCCUAUUAUGGAGAAAACAGCCACUAACGGCCCAACAGAUAUUGCCCAGACCAAUGGAGAAACAGAUUCAACCAUCCUGGACACAAAGCAUCUGCCCAGCAUCACUCAACCAGCCAGUCAGGCAAAUGAUUUAUUAGACCUACUUGGAGGUAAUGAUGUGGUACCUGUUAUCCAAACAACUGUUCCCACAAAGCCAGCGUCAGCUGGAGGAGAACUGCUGGAUCUGCUGGGAGACCUUUCUCUGACAGGUGGUCCGACUCCGACCCCUGCUCCCUCUGUGCCCAUGUCCCAGCCCCCUUUCCUUUUGGACGGUCUCUCCUCGCAGCCCAUCUUCAAUGACAUUGCAGCGGGCAUUCCGCCAAUGACGGCGUACAACAAAAAUGGUCUAAAAAUCGAGUUCACAUUUGAGCGGUCCAACCCCAGUCCCAAUAUUGCAGUUAUCACCAUCCACGCCACCAACUCCACAGAGGCUGACAUGACUGAGUUUGUGUUCCAGGCUGCAGUACCAAAGACAUUCCAGCUGCAGCUUCUGUCCCCCAGCAGUAAUGUAGUCCCAGCACUCAACCAGGGAAGCGUCACGCAGGUCAUCAGGGUUCUCAACCCACAGAAGCAACAGUUGCGAAUGCGGAUCAAGCUGACAUACAAAUACUUUAAAUCUCACAACAAAGGCUCUCCUGUACAAGACCUGGCCGAGGUCAACAAUUUCCCCCCUCAGUCCUGGCAGUGAUUUGCUGCUACCCUUCUGAAUCUUAAAGACCCCCAGCAAGGGAACUAUGGGAAAGAUGUCCCCUCCCCAUUCCCAAAUGAUCCCCCGUGACAUCACCACAGACCGCUGCCCUGGGGUUGCAUGGGAAGCAGAGGAAUCUUCCUGACACAGUCAAGAGUUGAUGGUAUGAAGACUGAUGAUGAUGAUGAUGAUGAUGAAGACAAUUACAGCGGCAGUGAUGAAGAAAAAUCACAUCUCUCAAUACAUAUCUUUUCAUUUCUUUCUUUGCCCGUCUGUCUUUCUCUCUGCUUCGGGGUUGGUGCAGAAUGUCCAUACUCACACUUGCACUUAGUGUUGUGCACUCUCACUUAAUCUGUCCCUGUAGUGCACUCCCACACUCUGAUUCACCCUGCCGCCCAGGGCCCUCACAUGGGCAAACAUCACUCGUGGCCACUAUACGAAAGAGCUGCUUGUCUGUUUUGUUUGAUUUUUUUUUCAUGUUUUUAAUGGGUUUGGUGUAUUUUAAGAAAAAACAAACAAAAAAAAACAUACUGAAUUAAUUGCAAAAGUCUGAACAUCUGCACCUUAACCAUUUCAGAAUCAAGAGGAAAAUGGGUUGUGAUGAUGGCGCCUUAAAUUAUCGUUGUACAUGACUCUUCUUAAUUUUCGUGUAAGGUUGAUCUAAUGUCCUGUAAUAAAGUAUAUCAGAUGAACGCUCCGGAUGCAAGCUAUGUUGUGGCUGCACCGUAUUUCACAUGAAAGCGUUGCAGCUCAUUGUCUGUCAGCAGUAAUGUGCACACUGUCGGAUCGGUCAAGAAGUGCUUGACUUGCAUCACAUGAAUUGGCAAGUUCAUACCUUGAUUCUUGAUUUCUUGUUUCUAAGCAGGGCAGCGUCUAAAUGUCCAUGACAAUGAAACUGAAGGUGGAGGUGACUGAAGGAGAGGCUGUUGCUCGUUACUGUUUGCCCAGUUUACAUCACCCAAUAGUUUUGCAUCGUCAAAGCUGUACACUUUUCCCCAAAACUCUUAAUUUGGCAUAUAGUUGUUUUGUUUGCCUCUACUUAUCACAGAUGGUGUGUUCUUGUAUUGUUUUUUUUUUUUUAUUAAUCUUCAAAUACAUUUAUAUAGAUUGAAAAUAGCCUACACUAAAGAAGUUUGAUUCUUAGCGCAAUCCUUAAGAAUUGAAAUCUAAUAAAAAUGUAAAGUAGUUGAAGAACGUGAUCUUAAAACUCAAAUUGAUUUCUCACUAAAUUAACACAACUAGAGGCCCGGCGAUGUGUAAUGAGGUUAUGGUCAGCGUAGAUGCUGUAAAUAUAGACUUAAUAUAAGGCCUUCAUGAAUGUAGUUAUAUGCACUGAAUGGACUGUUUUUCUUUUGUUUGACUUUCUGCAGUGAUUUAAAGUACAGAAAUAUUGCCUGAUUUAAAGCAAUGUGCCUUUGUCAUAACUAGUUGAAAAGAAAACCCUCGUAAGAGUGUUUAUCAAUACAGGAAGAGCAAGAACAUGAUGUCUGAGGAGUAGAGGACCUUUUUGUUUUGCUGUCAUUUCACUCGAGUUCUCGUUCAGCGGGCGUCUGAAGUCGAGUGUCUUAUGUCUAGUGUCUCUUCUUGCAGCUUCCAAAGGCAGUUCGCAACAUUGACCUGAAUAUACCUCACAUUGUCUUCUUGUUUUGUCUUUGUCGAGUCGGAAGAGCACUCUGACUGUUUCAUCAAGUCAUCGAAAUGCUAUCAUCUCUCGCUGCUCUUCGUUUUCUUUGCGUAAUUACAUCGCUAUGCCACACUAAAGUCUGGUGACCAAAUCAAGAGAUGUUCUUAGGGCUUGGGAAAUAUUUUUAGCGAUCUUAUGUAUAUGGAGAAAAAAAAAAAAAGACUUCUCAUUCUAUUAGCCUCUUUGUGUUUUGUUGCGAUUCUUUCGAUUUCUUGGCUUUUUCUGUACAUACCGAGGGCUUUUAAGAUGCAUCAGCUGUUUCUUUUCAUCCCUUCUUAAGAUCCGGUUUUCUAAGACUUCCUUCCAGUGCUGCACAGUGUAUAAUGUUUGAAGCUGUCCCUCAGAAAAUAGUCUAAUUUAACAACUUACCUGUUUGAUUGUUUGUUGGAAAGAAAAUGUACUAUGUGCUGCCUGUAUAUUGUAUAUAAUUGUAAAACGCAUCAAAAAGAUCAAAUCAAAUAAAACCCCCGUUUGAAGACCUGUGACGCUCAGUUAGGGGUGUGAUGUGCACAUGAUCUUGAGUUUGCUUUGUUUUAACUAGAUGUGUGGUGGAUCGCAGUCAUGUACUACUGAAAGAAUGAAAUGCUGCGUAUGGAUGUAAUUUCUCCUUUUAAUAUGGUGGCCUGCAGCUGAUUUUUUUCCUCUUCUCUCAUGUACUCUAUUAUACAUAAUAAUGCAAUUUAAAGGGAUAGCUCACCCAACAAAAAAUUCUGUCAUUUAUCUCGCCCUCAUGUCGUUCCAAACCUGUAUCACUGACUUUAUUCUGUAGAACACAAAAGAAGAUAUUUUGAAGAAUGUGUGGGCAGUUUUUGUCCAUAUCAAGACUAGACUCCAUUGAUUUUUAUUAUAUGGAGACAUUUUUCAAUUUUAACAUCUUUUGUGCUACAGGUUUGGAAUAACCUGAACCGUCUUCAGACCUCUUUAUAGUAACAUUGCUAUAUUGAGGAAAGCUUAAAAACCAAAGUUUAAAGUUACAGUUUUCCUAUAAACCACAUCAAUGCAGUUUAGGCUCAUGCAUAUUCCCAAACAGACUUUUUUUUUUUUUUUUUUUGAGGCACGUGCUGUUUCAAAAUCACACUUUCUGAAUCUGCUGCUUCUUACACUAAGAUAUUUGCCGACUGAAGAGGGCGAAACGGCCAUCUGUGAACUUGCCACAUCUCUCAGCAAGAUUUCUCACACCGAAAUGAUUUUUUUUUUUUCAGCCGCAUGUGAAAAAAGCAAUGCAAAAAUUGUCAUUUCUACUCUUUAUGUAAACUUCCUAAAGUAAUGCAAGCUAAGUUCGAAUUCUCAAGUCACAAGUUCACACUAUAUCUUGCGAUACAUGCACAGACCUUUGUACAUUUGGAAAUAUAAUGUUGAUUCUCCAAUUAAUCUUCAUUAGGAAGCAGAUUUUCUUUCGGUCAGUCAGGGGGGAUUGAGCAUCAUUUGUUUGGGUGUAACUGCUUGACCAGGUGGACGUUGUAUCACUUGCUUGGAUGAUUGCCUUCUCCAUCAGAAUCCCUUUGUAAUCUGUAAAGGUAUCGGUUGUUUCUGAAGUGUAUCUAUACAUGUGCCCCAUGCAUCUCAGAUAUUUUACACUUGCUAUUCAACACAUCUGAACUUGUGCAGGAGGGGAGCACGACCCCAGUGAGUCUGACAUGCUGAACUGAAUCACAGUCCCAUGUCCUCGAGGAACGAGUGUUGGACUGAGUUCAUGAUGAUGGAUGAAAAUAACAUGGGAUAUUUUAGACUUAUGCUGUGUAUUAUUGUCUUUGGGUUGGAGAAAAUGAUCAAAUGAAAUAAUAAAAACAGUCAAACUUGA